CUCCAGCAAUCCGCCCGACAGCUCAAUUGACGCUUGCCGUCCGAACGAACGAGUUCAGAGGUUCGAUCUACCACUCAAUCACUACUCGAUCUUCCUCCUUCGCGACUUCCACCGACUUCCUCAUCCGCCGCAAUGCCGACGCCCGAAUCGGCGGCCUUCCUGGCCAAGAAGCCUACCGUCCCGCCGACCUUCGAUGGCGUCGACUACGAUGACAACAAGGCGCUGAAGGCAGCGCAGGACUCGAUUUUGAGGGAGCAAUGGGUCAGGAGCAUGAUGGCGCGGCUGGUGCGGGAGGAGAUGGGGAAGUGCUAUUACCGGGAAGGCGUGAAUCACUUGGAGAAGUGUGGGCAUUUGAGGGAACGAUACUUCGAGCUCCUCAAGGAGUCCAAGGUCCGCGGAUACCUAUUUGAGCAAGGCAAUAUCAUUCCCAAGUCAUAGUCGGUGGUCAGGACAAUGACAAAGAAGAUGGGGGUGGCAAGCGGAUCCCGGAGCUCAGGAUGUGGACAUCAACGACAUCACACGACAGAAGGGACAAUUGGGCGCUCUGAAUUUCCGGCAGAGGUUUUUGUAAAUACCGGGAAGCCUGUGCUUUUCUCCUUGGCUGUAUCAUAGCUCGAUGUCGUGGCGUGAGUGUCGAGGCUACUUGAGCAUAAAGGUCGACGCAAUGCGAACAAUACCAUACACGCCAAUGCAAAUCGUACACCAACAACAAUGUGCCUCAUACGGAAUCAUGGGACAACCGUGCCUUGACUGAACUGGCUCUCUUCGUAUUCGAUUCGGGUGAUGUACUGGCCUGGUACCACGACAAGGCCGACAUAUCUGCUCAUCAAAGGCACUUGGGCGGAGGGAUUGCCGGAGGAUUCGACCGUCUUUCUUAUAGUAGCUUCUGAGGGUUGCCGAUAUUCGUAUGUGAGAGCGAGAAUGAUGUUGC